AUGAAUGACAAUGGGCAUGAAGUAGUUGAAUGUCUUUGUUUACCACAGUUCACAGGACUCUACUGCGAUAAGCUUGCGACCGGUGCAACUUUCUAUGAACUUCUAUUCUACUCUCCUAUCUUUGCUAUGAUUGCAGUGCUAAUUUUUAUCGGUUUUUGUUACCAACAUGUCGAAGGCGUCAAAAAAGUUCGACCUAUGGAAUUUGAAAAGCAUGUUCCCAGAGUCGACCUAUCUGUGGAUAUGAGGAAACUUUUCCCAGAGAAAUUCCUAACACCUCAGCAGUACGCUAAGUUAGCUGCGGAAGAAGCAGAAGCAAGCGAAGAAGAAUUGAAAGAACCGCAAGCUACCCAGAAGACAACUCCCCAAGAGUCCUCCACUCAGAAAAUGACACAGCGCAAAUCAUUUCUCGAAAAGGUAUACAAUGAUGUCGGCUUUGCAAGCCGCAAGAGCUGCUUCAAUGUGGUUGCGCAGAGUUUCUUGGGCUUGUGCCAUUUUUCGUCUGGAACAGGAGUAUUUGAUAGUUUAUCCAGUUCUGCAAAUGUUUUUUGAAC